AUGGAACUACAAGAAACUACAAUAGAUACAACAGAUAUUCUAGACUAUUAUCUAGAAGAAUUAGCAGAAAUGGAACAAUACUUUUGCUUCGAUGAAAAAAUUGCUGAAUAUUCCACUCAAGUAUCAUCCACCAACAAAGGCAAAGAAGGUAAGGAGGCACCAGCUGAACAAAUUUAUGUUGAUUCUGAGGAAUAUAAAGAUGACAACAUGCUGGACGAGACACAGAACAAAGCGAAGGAAAGUAGAUCUUUACAAAAGCUUUCUAAAUCUACAAAUAUUAACGUUAUGAAUGAAGAUCAGGUCACACUAGAGAAACCAGAAGAAGAAGAUUAUACUGACAGUGAUAAUGAUUGUUACACUGAUAAUGCAAUGCCUGAUAAAGAAGUAACUAGUAUCAAGGUUUCACAAAAUAUUCAAAAUCCUGCCCGCGUUAUUGGAAGAGGAAGACCGUCUAAACGUCGUUAUAUGAGUAGUAUAGAAAAGGAACAAAGUUAUAGAAGAACUUCUAGAGGUAUAUAUAAGUGUCGUCAAUGCGGAGAAGUAGAUCAUAACUCAGCAUAUCAUAAAUGA